CUGGCGUCCUGCCAAGCUAUCGUCACUAGCCAGGCACACUUCGGACGCGUCUUUGCUCGCUUCGCUAAAAACGCUAACUCAGCGUAGUUGCGGGCGGGACCCUCCGCCCACUGCCCGACAAGGUCGUUCGAACGCAUGGCGCGCCAGCAUGCCCAUCACAUUUCUAGGGGGUCCCUACAGGGUGGUACCCGAAAGACCUUUUUUGAUGGGGGCUUGACGGCCUGUCGAAUUGAAUGGCAAUGGUUAUGUAAAAAUGAGGUCCACCCCCCCGCAGGACCGCUUGAGCUGACGGCAAAAGUUGACAGCUUCUUGCUAUGCCUUGCGCCGCGUGUGGCCGACCGACGGCGCCGGCGCGCUGCAGUCGAUGCCAGAGCGUGUGGUACUGCGGGCGCGACUGCCAGCGAAGCCAUUGGAAGACGCACAAGCCGACGUGCACGCCGGUUGGCGUCCAGAAUUUGUACGACCUCGCGCGGCCUCGAUUUGCCGCAUGCGUACAUGCACGUGCGCAUGUGCUACGAGGUGCUGCGCAACAUGUACAUGGACGAACCGCUCGUCGCGGUCUUCAACGGCGCCGAGUCGACCCAGCCGCCAUCGUCUGCAGACAUUAUGGCGCGCGUCCAAAGCUUCCCUGCCCACUCGUGGUACCAUGCAGCAAAAGACGGCGACACGCGCGAGCGUGACCGCGACGACUGCGUCUACGACCCGCGCAUCCACCACACGUUCACCAACACGUUUGUGGGCGACGACAUGCCGGCGCUGCCGCCGGGCGAGACCCACAUUGCGAUCGGCUUUGUCGACCUCUCCUACCUCACCUCGGUCGCAUUGACGUCGGCGGAUUCGAGCAACCCUGCGCACUGGGUCGGGAUCGAAGGGUCCAUCUACUGCGUCGCCAAGACGCGUGUGAUCCUCGCGAUGCUCCUCGGAAAGGCCUCCGUGGAUGCGAUUCUGCAAGUAAGGUACUCGUCGUGCUGGCUGCAGUCGACUCUGACUGCGUUCCAAGCCGGCGUCGCGCCCGUCUUGCUUGAUAGCGACCAUUUGACGUCGUCGGUGCGCGACCUCUUGACGCACUGGCAAGCGUGCGUCCCGAGCGUGGAAACCGCGCGCAACGAGUGGAAGCGCAAGCUUGACAACCAGUCGCUGUGUGCGUCGGCCACCUUUGCCUCGCCGAAUGACCGUAUGAGCGCGCUCGAGUAUGCGCUGACGGGCCAGCUCCUUGGCGCGGACGUGGGCAGCGUCACGAUGAGCGGUGUGCCGUCGUCGCAUCCGUCGUCCCGAGCGUGCAUGGAGUCAAUCUUCCAUGCGGUCGAUGUCGAUGCGUUUCUGAGUCUCCACGUCACGUCACGUGCGCCUGGCCGGACGCUCAUGGACGCGUGCGCCGACUACCUGCGGUCGCGCAUCGCGCGCCUCCAGCAUCAUCUCGUGAGUGGCUUUGUCGUUGUCGAGAUUUGGCCGCCGACGACCUUGCGUGCGCGGGAUACCCUCGAGCUGCAGCUCAUCAAGGCGUACGAGCCGCACUCGAUAUCGUGGGGCAACGUUGGCGACUACAUGUCGCAGGCGUCCUUCCACGCCAUGGCGAAAGCGUGCAGCCACAGCAACAGAUCCAAGGCCCCAACGCUCCACUCGUGCUACUUCAUGAACUGGCCGCGCUUGACCAAAGGCGCAAUGCUUCUCGACAACCGCAUGGACGAUGCGAUGCAGCGGCUGCUCGACGCGACGCGCGAUGAGAUUGCGGCCUUGUACAUGUCGCGCCCCGGCUACGCGUGCCUCGGGUCGCCACGGCAAGACCUCUUGACGACGAUCCUUGUCCACGGUCUCGCGAAAACAUAUGCCUCCAAGUGCGUCGAGCAGUUUCCCAAGUACGGCGCGCAUGUGCUCAAGCACGGCAUGCGCCCGUACAACUGCUUGGCGUACGCGAACGUCAGCCUUUUCUUCGACUGGCAGUUUGCCCUCUAAGAUACGCGUCGCCUGGUUGUGUCAAUAAAUACACUCGUACAAUUAUCACACUACACACUAUAAUAGAGUUGUGAAUGCCAUGUCGAUUCAAGU